AUGCUGCCCACGCGCUGUCUUCGCCAAUCCGCGCGCGGCAUUAAUAAGGCGGCAGCUCGCAGUAAGCUCAGAGCUUCUCACGCCCGCUCUGCCGCCACCACCACCACUCCGUCGCCUCGCAAGCCUAUUCCUCGCUCAAUUGUCGUCCUCACCUCGUUCGGUACCGCCGCUGCUAUUUACCAGUACCUGGCCGGCAACCAGAUUCAUCGCAAUGUCUACGCCGAAUCUCCCGAGGAGCCCGAGCUCGUCUUUGAGAAACCCAGGAAGGCUGCCCAUUCGAAGGAGGAGAACAGAGACAUAAUUAGCUCCCAGCACCUGCAGGUCAAGAGGAGCUGGGAAAAUCCUGGCGUCUAUGCCUGGGGCUCCAAUGAUGGCAAAGUUGUUGCGCCCGACAGUCAGGAAAGGCACAUCAAGACGCCGCGCCGCCUCAAGUUCUUCGAUGGUCUUUUACUACGUGACGUGAAGCUGGACCGUUUCUUCGGAGCUGCCAUCAACGAGAAAGGCGACUUGCUGCAAUGGGGCACCGCCUAUGACAAGGAUUGCGUGACCCCAGCAGUCACGCUGAGGGGGAAAGAUUUGAAGUCUUUGACUUUGUCUAAGGACCGCAUCAUUGCGCUUGCAUCCAAUGGCAAGGUAUAUUCAAUUCCUGUAUCCAAGGAAGAGCAGAAGACCGGCAAGAAGUCGUCUGAGAGCAGCUGGAUCCCCUUCUGGAGCUCUAGCGCGUCAAUUAGUUACCGCACAAUUGAGCCCGCGAACCUCAAGUCAGGCGAGAAGAUUACCGCCAUUGCUGGUGGAAUGGAGCACGUGCUUCUCCUCACUUCGAAGGGCCGUGUCUUUUCCUCCGCUUCCAGCGCCCUCGAUUAUCCCAGCAAAGGCCAACUUGGUAUUCCCGGCCUGACCUGGCAGACCCGUCCACAGGGCGCAUACGACACUCCCCAUGAGAUCGCUACCCUCAAGGGUUUCGAUAUGGCCAAGAUUGCCGCCGGAGACUACCACAGCGUCGCAUCUGACAAAGAAGGCCGUGUCUUCAGCUUCGGCGACAAUUCCUUCGGCCAAUUGGGCCUCGCGUACGACUCAGAAGUCUCCUUCGUCGACACCCCCUCUUUAGUCCCCAUCUCGAACCUCUACCGCGGCACCGGACUCAUCCCCAAGGUCACCGGCGUCGCUGCCGGCGGCAACAAUACCUACUUCACCGUCGACGCGACGCGCGUCUCCAAUCCGGGCGCCGAAGACUCGACGCUCGCACGCCGCAACCUCGGUAACGUGACGGCCGACGCGUGGGCGUGCGGCCAAGGCAUCUGGGGCGGGCUGGGCAACGGCCGGUGGACGCACAUGCAGGACUCACCAGUCAAGAUUCCGGCCUUCUCGGGCCUGUUCGAGUACGACGAGCAGACAAAUGCGGUCGUGCCGAUCCGCCUGUCGCAGUUCGCCGUCGGUCAGAACCACGUCGCCGCCGUCAUGCACAACAUCGCCCACCUGACGACCGGCACCGUCGGCACCAGCAGCCGCAACGACCGCGAGUCCGAGAACGAGACCAACUGGGGCGCCGACAUCCUAUUCUUUGGCAACAACGAGCACUUCCAGAUCGGCACUGGCAAGCGCAACAACAUCAGCACCCCCGUCUACAUUCAGCCGCUGGAUCAGGUGGCCGAGAGGAAGAUCAGGGGCAAGGAGGAGCAUAGGUUCCAGAUCACGCCGAAGAAGAAGGUCAAGUUGAAUGGAAGAUGGGUCGAGUUGGAGCAGAGGGUUGAGUGCGGAAGGGGCGUUACGGCAGUUUACUCUGGGGUGUAG